AUGUUCCCCGUUCUAUCAAUACUAAUCUGUUCGCCUUUUCCCCUUGCGCUCAUUCACUCAUCCGUCUCUUUUUGUUCCUUGCAGACAAUCCUCGAAAUGGAAAGAUAUCUGAAGAACGAACCACGCAACGAUCACACGCUGGCGGAAGCUCUCGUCGAAGACGUCUUCAUGCGAUCGUGGGAAGACAUCUCCGUAGGUGCUAAGGAACGUCUACUGUGCAGUUCGAUUUCGUCACAUUUGGACAGCGGUAUCGGCAGCUCGGAGGAGACAGAGGACCUCGAUGAAUUCAAUGCCAACAUCGAUGCCGUCAGUGUUUCGUCGUCGAGUAGCGUUUCAUGGGACAGCGACACAACUCCGCCCGAACCGAGCCCAUCGUCGACGUCAAAACGACGGAAGACAAUUAUCCCCGAAAGCAUGAUCAGUACGAUGAAGAUACUUCCGGUCAGUGGGUCGACGAGUCCGCUGUCGCCGCCUUCGUCGCCGGAACUGCCCCGCAAAGCGUCGGGCAACGGGGUGGCGUUUCGAGUGUCCUCAAGCCGCGCCCGACGGUACGAGAGCGAGUCCAGCAAACGACGAGUGCAUAGAUGUCAGUUCAACGGCUGCAAGAAGGUUUAUACAAAGUCUUCUCACCUCAAGGCGCAUCAACGAACACACACAGGAGAAAAACCCUACAAGUGCUCGUGGGAAGGAUGCGAAUGGAGAUUCGCAAGGAGUGAUGAAUUGACACGUCACUAUCGGAAGCAUACGGGCUCGAAGCCUUUUAAAUGUAUUCACUGCGACCGUUGCUUCUCCCGGUCGGAUCAUCUCGCGCUCCACAAUAAGCGACAUCAGCCCUGA